GCGGUUGGUGGUCGACAAGUCAUCGAUUGCUGAUGUCUUCAAGUGGUACACAGUGGAAGUGUAUUUCAUGAACGAAAAAAGAAGAAAGUGAUUUUUCAAAUGGCUGAAAAAUCUUCACAAACUCAUGAUUGUAGAGGAAAAUACCAUCCUAACCCAGAUAAAAAGAAUCAAAAUGAAAGGAAGUCUCAUUGCUGCAAAAUAUGUAGCAAGACAUUUACCAAAAAAAGUAGUCUUACGUGUCAUAUGAGGUUGCACACAGGUGAGAAACCAUACAAAUGUGUAGAAUGUGAACUUGAAUUUACUCACAAAAGUACCUUGCUACACCACAUGAGACUCCACACAGGUGAAAAACCAUAUGUAUGUGGAAUAUGUGAUAAAAGGUUUCGACAACGGUCAAAUUAUACAUUACAUGGAAAAGUACAUACAAAAGAAAAACCUUAUAAAUGCAUCGACUGUGGUAAACAAUUUGCUCAAAGAGUUCAUCUUACAACACAUGUCCGCCUCCACACAGGAGAAAAGCCUUAUACUUGUGAUGAGUGUGAUCAGAAAUUCUUUCAGAGAUCUCACCUGACCCGACACAUUAAAAAUCACAAGAAAAACCAAACGAAAGGCUGUGAGGACGUCAGCAGGUCAGAUACUCAGAAAAUGCAAAGUUCAGCUCUUUCAAGAAAUGCGAAACCAAGACAAUUAUUUGUGAGUGAUAGAGAUUCAAAUGAACAUUCUGUGAUAGAUAUCAAUCGACGUCUACAUUAUGAAAGGCAGAAUAGGUUCACUCUCAUGUGUGAACAUUGCAAAAAAAUAUUCAUCAAGAAGUCACACCUACGAAAUCACAUGUUCAUCCAUACAGGUGAAAAACCUUUCAGUUGCACCUACUGUGGUAAGAGGUUUGCAGAGAAAAGUAGUGUUACACGCCAUCAGAAGGUACACAAGGGAAAAAAGGGGUGUAGUGAAUUUUCUCAACAUAUUUCGGGGCAUUCCAUCUUUACAUUUUCUUCAGAUACUCAAAGGCCAGCGCGAAGUACAUCUUCUUUAAAGACAGGAAAAUCAAAAAUAAUAUCCCUCGAUUGUGCAGAUGAAAAUUUCGAAAUAGAAUCAAAAUGCACAAUGAAAAUACCUACACCAAUUCAAGAAGAUAAAUACACAUCUGAUGUACCAUGUUUUUCUAAAGUUGGGCCUAAAGAAUAUGGAUUGAAAGGUGAUGUAAUUAAUUUAUAUCCAACAAAAAAACAUACUAAUACAAAUAAUCAGAUGACACAUUACUUAACCGCGGACAUAGAAAACACACAAUCAAAACCCAUUUUAGAUAAAAUUAUUCAUGGAGAUCCUACAACUGGAUACCGCAGUCACUGCGACAACCAUUUUGAAUUACUGGCCAGUGUGAGCAAGUUAAAGGUUUCAUUGGAUUAUGACAUCAAUUGUCAAUCGGACUCCUUGUUCACAAUCAAAUCUAAUGAGUCAUCAACAAAAGAAGUAAAAGAGGAAACCAUAGUGGAUGAAGAGACAUUCAAGGAAGAAAUAGAUAUCUUUCAAGAAGAUUUAGAUGUGUAAACCACGCCACUUUCGUCACAUCUGUUACAAAAAAUAAAAGUAUCUAAUAAUGCCAAAAUCCUAUGGCCAUAUUGACAAUAUCUGUUGCCACAACAAGGGCCAUGUUUUUCCUUAUUAUUAUUAUUAUUUGUAAUUA